CGAUGUGCUGGGGUGACGUAGGAGGCGGAGUUCUUCAAGUCUCUCCAACUCGAGAUCGUCCACGCGGCCAACACGGCGACAUGGGCGAUAAAUUUUAUGUCAUCUUUUCGGGCACGGUCCAAGUGCGCAAAGCCAUGGUCAAUCCAAACGGCGACAGCGUAGAGAAUGCCGUGUGCGAACUUCGUCCAGGCGACUGCUUUGGCGACCGCGCUCUCACGGGUGCAUGGAACGAAAUGCUUCCUCGAGAAGCGUCGAUCAUUACCAUUUCCAACUUGACAGAACUCGCCUUCAUGGACAAGAUAUCGUACUCGCGCGUGAUGCGGGACAGGACGUCUGAGAUGCACCUCGAUAUGCCCAAGGUCGCUGGUCUCGACGUGGCCAAGCGCUUUCGCUCCAACAAAGACAUUGUUCGAACGAUAUUCCUCCAGCCCGCCCACGAGCGCACCGAGCGCGACCUCAAGUUUGCUGUCGAGUACCUAAAAGGCGUCAAAUUUUUCGCCAGGUUCUCGUUCGAGGUCCGGAAGCAAUUGUGCAAAGCCCUGCGGCUCGUUUGCGCAUGGACCAACACGGUCGUAUUUGAAGAGGGGCACCUGGGCCACCACUUUUACAUUCUCUUUGGCGGCAGCGUCGAAGUUUUGAUUAGCACCACGAACCGGUCACGAGAACGUCCUUGGAAAGCGCGCGCGAUGGUGCUGACAGUCGUCGGUCGGAUAUGUAGGUACGACGCCACUGUGCAAAACGUUGUGUCGACGCUCAAGGAAGGCGACACAUUUGGCGAACUUGCGUUGUCAGAGGAGAAUGGAGUUCGCCGCGCGACGGUGGUCGCAACAGAGUACUCGGAGUUUCUGACGUUGAGCCGCGACGAGUACAUCCCGUUGAUUCAAAAGUACCAAAACCAGUACCACACCGAGUACGUGCGCAUGCUGCAGCAGAACCCAUACUUUAUGGGCGACGCAUGGGACGUCCACACGCUGGAAGCGAUGUGCGCGGUCAUGGCUGAAAAGUACGUGCCCUUUCAAGGCGUGAUCUGCGAGCAGGGGUCGCGUGCGUCCGAGAUGUUUAUCGUUGUGCGAGGAGAAUGUGUUGCCCAGUAUGACACGAUGGACCCAUAUACUAACGAGGUAUUGGAAUCGAAGCGCCCGACCUCAGCGCUGGACCCGACAGGCCAUCCAAGUUGGGCUCGAGCGGUAUGGUCCGAACAGCGUCAUCGGAUGCGCCGAAGCGACGGCGGGCAAGUUCAACGACGUGUACAUUCGGCCAGCGUCCAUCGUGGCGGCGUCGCCAGUAAAGGUGCUCGUGUUGUCGCGGUUUGACAUUUUCCACCUCCUUUCCCCCGAAGCUCGCGACGGACUCCAGCGGCGGAGCAACGAUCCAGACGCGGAGACCCUCGACGCGCGGAUCUUAAAGACGAUCGUGUGGGAAAAGUACCGAACCAACUUUAUCGCGGACUUGCACGUCGAGAAGGCAUCGUCGGCGGGUCGUUCGAACACGAAGUCGACGCCAGAGCUUCGAAUGAAGGAUCUUGCACUUGUCCAGGAAAAGACGGCAGAGUCCCCUUCAAAGCUCCGAGGGAAUUUACCGCUCGUCAAGCGUACGAUGGACCUGCACGGCAGGAAAGUGGUCGAAUCAGGCGAGCUUCACCUUCAUCCUCGACCCAAGCUCACGUACUCGACGUCGCAUGGACACUUGAACCUUUCCUCAACACACUUGCACGGUCCCUG